AUGGACUUUGAUCAUAGCGAUGGGGGCAUGGACCAGCUAGCGGAGUGGGAGAGAGAGCACGGCCCGUUCGUCACUCCUCGAGUGCGCACUGGCAGCGGGGGUGUGCACGUCUAUUUCUCCCACUGGAAGAGUGUGGAUGCGGGGUUGGGCGCAGACACCCCGACGCACUUUGCGAAGCUCGAACUGAAGGUCCUGGAUCCGGUAUCGGGAAAGGAGUUGAUGAAGAAGGUGGGGGUCGACAUGAGGGGCGUGAGCUCGGGCGGCAUGAUCGCGUGCCCGCCGUCCUCCUAUGAGCGGGCCGGGGAGAUGGCGCGCUACACUGUCGUUGGUGCGACCGAGCUCCCCUCCACGGACGACUUGUCCCCCCUUCCAGAUUGGCUGAUCAAGAUCCUGAACGAGCGAGAGUCGGUGAGGGGCGGGGGGUGUGGGGGCCGGCGGAAAGGGCCAUUGUCUGACACAGGGAAGGACGCGGGUCCCAGUGUGAGAUACGAGCCGCCCGUUGCGUCGCGCGCGCCAGACCUCUGGGACACCGACCUGCAGCGGAAGGUGGUCGAAGUCAUGCGAGGCAUGCUCAACAGUUCCGGCGACACUUCGUCCGUCUUCUCAAAGGCGGAGGCCAACACGGUGGCGGGCCCGGACGCAGUGAUGUACCACUGGCGCAACGAUGCAGGGGGUCGGCCAUGCCCGUACGCAGAGCAAGGGGGGCAGCCGCACAGCAGCAACAACUUCGGUCUUCUGAGAAGGGGGACGGAAAUCACCUACAUUUGCCAUAGCGAGCGCUGCAAGACCGGCGCGGAAGGGCGCCGCAACAGGAAACUCGGGCGUCUCACAUUUCCGGUUGCGGCGGCCUUCUCAGACGCCAUGCCCCUGAACAACGACCGCGAUCGUCUUUACGAGGACCGGCAGCUGCUCCCCUUCUCCUUCCUGCGGAAUAACCUUUCGGUCGUGGCAGGGGACGAGGGAGGUGCGCAGAUCAUCGACCGCCUGCAGACGUACACGGGCCACAAGCUCGUGUUCUGCAAUGAAAAGUGGUACUAUUGGAACGGGUCGAUGUGGGUAGUGGACGUGGGCGGGCGUCUUGCGAGCAAGGUCUGCCGUGGGGAGCUCAACAAGGUUAGCGCCGCAUAUAGAAAGGAGACCGCGGCCGAGCUUGAUCAGGAAGAGGGCGAGUCAAAGGAAGAAGACGGGGGGGAUCGUCCUCAACAGAAGGGGCAGGAGGAGAAGCUCGUCAACUUCAACUUUAACGCAAAGAUGAGCCAGAUCAUGACGACCUUGAAGGGCUACUGCCUCGAGCCGGGAUUCGAGGACGCCCUGAACAAGGACAAGGAUGCGCUGCCUGUCCAGAACGGUGUCAUCCUGCUGCAGACGGGGACCCUGGUUGCCCAUCAUCCUAAGUAUAUGUGGUCCUUCCAGCUUCCUAUUACGUGGCCUUCGACGGGGCUUGCCAUGCCGAUGGGCAAGACGGGCAAGUUCCUGAGCCAGAUCACGCACACCCCGGAGGCGCUCGCUUACCUCCAGCGGAUCCUGGGAUACGGCAUCACAGGGCACACAUCCAACCAGGUCAUGCUGAUCAUGAUUGGAGAGGGAUCGGCGGGAAAGAGCCUCCUCUUGGGUCUUGUGAAGCAUCUCCUUGGACAGUUCUACAAGGAUGUCUCCAAGGACAUGCUCUUGACGUCUAAGGGCCAACGGCCGCUUGGGAAGGGUGCUGCAAAUCCGGAUGAAGCACGUUUGCGAGACACCCGGAUAGCGGUGUGCUUAGAGACGGGUGAGACGGACGAAAUCUCGGAGUCUGAUUUGAAGCGCCUGACAGGAGAGACGACAAUCACGAGCAGGGCGUUGUAUGCAGAUUACGUCACGUAUCAAACGACCCACCUGCACAUUCUGUGCUCGAACUACCCCCCUCGCGCAAAGACGUGGACGGCGGCGCUGAAACGACGGUUGUUGACGCUGGUCUUCCCGAUGCGAUUCUUCUAUCCCGACGAAGACGGCUGCAAUCCCGACAACCCCCUUCACGGAGUGCGUGAUCCCGAACUCGAAGACGCCUUAAAGGCCGAGAUCGAGAAGCUGCUGGUGUUUCUGGUACAAGGUGCGAAGGACUGGUACGCCAGUGGGAGGCGGCUUCUGGAUAUGCCAGGAGCCAGCAAGGCGUACAUGCAGAUGUGGGAGCAGGAGAACGACCCGUUUGCAGCUUUCCUUCAGAGGGAAGGCACCAUGGACGUGAAGGCUUUCGAAAGUACGGAUAGCCUGAUGGAAGCCUACAACAACUUAGACAGGUUGAUCGAUGGUGUGAGGUUUGGGGAUACGGAGGGUCCUAUUAUCCGGAGCACCACCAAGUUUGCAGACGCCUGUAGAAAGAAGGGCCUGGAGGGGCCGAAGAAGCCCUCAGAGUUGAGGUUUGUAGUCCCUGGGCAUCAAGCCCGAGG